GGAAAGGUGUCAAAAGAUGAUCAGGAGGUGAAAGAAAAUGAUACGAAGACGAAUGAAGGUGAUCAUGCAUCCAAAGAUGUUCAGAUGGACGGUGAAGAGGAGUGCAUCGAGAUUGAGGAAGAGGAAGAGGAGGAAUGGUAUGAUGAUGACGAAGAAGUUGACCCCGAACAGCUUGAACAAAAAGAUUUGGAUGAUCUGAGGAAAGCGAGUGAUGAGUACAACCAAAAACUGGAAGAAGAAGCUCGAAACAUGAAGGAACAGAAGGAUGCAAAGAAGGCUGAGGAAGACAGAAAAGCGGAGGAUGAAAAGAAGAAAGUAGAGGAGCAGAAGAAAGCGGAGGAUGCAGAUGAGCUGAGAAAAGCUGAGGAAGCGAGAAAGGCUGAGGAAGACAGAAAAGCUGAGGAAGACAGAAAGGCUGAAGAGGCAAAGAAG